CUUUCUUUCCCAUAUGGCAACCCAAAACAAGUUGAAGCUCAAGAGUCACACCCACACACCACAAAAGGAUGAAACCACCAUCACACCUCCAACUCUCCAUCUCAGCCCUGUUAUCCUUCACCCUCCUCCUCCACACCUCCUUAUCCUACACCCACCACCUCCUCUCCUCCACCACCACCCUCCUCCUCCUCCCUCUCUCCCUCUCCCUCCUCCUCUACCUCCUCCACUUCCGCCACCGCCACCGUCCCAUCCUCCUCCUCAACUACUCCUGCUACAAACCCCCUCCCCACCGCCAAUGCACUUUCGAAUUCUCCCAACACUUCAUCCGCUCUAGCCAACUCUUCACCGAUCAAAGCCUAGAAUUCAUGAGCAACAUCUACCUCAAAUCAGGGUUGGGUGACCAAACCUACGGACCCCCAUUUAUGUUCCAAGGCACCAACGUCUCCACGCUAAAAUCCGCCCUCCAAGAAGCCCAGGAAGGCAUGUUCUCCGCCGUUGAUUCCCUCCUCUCCAAAACCCAGAUCCCCACCCACCUCAUCGACACCGUCAUCGUUACCUCCGGAGGCUUCUCUCCCUCCCCUUCUCUAGCCUCACAGAUAUUAAAUCAUUAUAAGAUGAAUCCCGAUGUAAAAACUUACAACUUGAGCGGAAUGGGCUGCAGCUCGGGCGUUCUUGCCAUCGAUUUAGCGGCUCGAAUUCUUCGUACCAGCCAAAAAGUCCGAUAUGCCCUUGUCGUAAUCACCGAGAGCAUUAGCUUGAAUUGGUAUUUCGGCGAUAAUCGAUCCAUGCUUGUAACGAAUUGCAUUUUUCGAGUGGGUUGUGCUGCCGCGCUAAUCACCAACGACCCGAGUCGCCGCCGAGUUGCCAAGAUGGAACUAGUUGACUCGGUCCGAACUCACCACGGCUCGGAUGACUCCGCUUACCAGGCAGCGUUUCAGGAGGAAGAUGAGAAGGGUAAUACUGGAGUUUCACUCACCAAGGAUUUGAUAAGAGUUGCUGGUGUGAAUUUACGUGAACACAUCAAGAUUCUUGCUCCCCGAGUUUUGCCGCUGAGUCAACUCGUUCACUAUGCUUACUCUGUGGUGGCAGCGGCGGUGGCGGGCGGCGGAGCUAAGCCUGUGGUGCCGGACUUCACGGCGGCAUUCGACCACAUGUGUAUUCAUACCGGUGGGAAGGCCGUGAUUGAGCAGGUGGGGCGAGUUUUGCGACUCAGUGACGACGUGACUGAGCCAGCUCGGAUGAGUCUGCACCGAUUCGGGAACACUUCGAGUAGCUUGGUGUUUUAUGAGUUGGCUUAUUUUGAAGCUAAAGAGAGGGUGAAGAGAGGGGAUCGGAUGUGGAUGAUUGCUUUUGGGACCGGGUUUAAGGUUGGGAGUUUGGUUUGGAGAUCGCUUCGUGAUUCGAGCCAAGAAUGUGAUAAUCCAUGGAAUGAUUGCAUAGGUGAAUACCCAUUGAAAAGUUGGUAAAUUAAAUUUGGUUGGAAAGAAAUUUAGACAAGUAAUUAAUAAUAAAUUUGGUUAGAAAGAAAUUUAGGUGUUAUUUGGGAUGAUCUAAAUAAGUGCACUUUUUGAUGUGCAAAAAAGUAGAAAGAUGAUAUGAUGAAAAAAAGAUAAAAAGAUGGAUUAUUUUGGUGUUGCCAAACUUAACCUUAGACAAGUAAUUAAUAAAAAGGGAGAUCGGAUCUUCUGUUGGAAUUAUUAGAUCAACUUCUAGCUUUAAAUUAUUUUUUUUAUUAUACGAAUGAAUUAUCGUAUGAGAAAGAAAAGUUAGGAAGUGAGAAGUAAGAUCAAUUGUAAUCCUUUUUUUUUUAUUAUUAUUACCUAAAAAUUGUAAUACUUUUUUAUUUAAGAAUUUUUAUUUGUUAAUGACAUUAUAUAAAAUGAUAUUACUGUUGCAUUUAAA